AUGGAUUUCAAUUGUAGAGUUAAAUGUGCUUGUGUGAUAAAUUUAAGUACAUUAAGCAAACAUGGAAUCUUAUCAUUGGUAGCAGAAAAUCCAGUAUUCAUAAAUGAUUUACAAUAAGAAGCUUAAUUAUUAUAUUAGCAAAUAUUGAACUAAUAGGAUUAAUAAAAUGUUCCUUCUUUACCUGUUUAAAAGAUUUAUUCAUAAUCAGAAGCUUGGUAUUGUUCAUUAAAGAACAAUAUAGUAAUUAGUUUAUUAGUUACAUCCACAUAUCCAAUGGCAAGUGCAAUGCGAUUAUUAAAAUAAGUAGAAGAAUUAUUAAAGAAACAAAUAUAAAGUGGAAAAUAUGAAUUCUAAUCUUUAGAACCUAAUGUUAGAAAUGUAUAUUUUUUAUUAAAAUUAGUUAUUAACACAAUAUGAUAGAGAUCCUUUUACAGAUGAUAAAAUUGAAAUAACUUGUAAGUCUGUUGAUUCUAUCCAAGGAUUAAUGGAAGAAAAUAUAAGAAAAUUUUAGAUGAAUUAAGAAUAACUUCAUGUUAUUCAUCACAAAAGUGCAGAUAUAUCUUAAAUGGCAAAUCAAUUUUAAAAAAGAGCAACAGCUGUAAAUAAUAAAUCAAAUUGGAUUAUUUAUAUGGCAAUUGGUAUAUUUGGAGCUCUUGUAAUUGGAAUAAUAAUUUACAUCUUCUUAUGA